GUUCUGAUUAUCAUACGCAUUAUCCUCCUUGAUUUAUUCAUCGUCCUCUCAAAACUAUAAAAUGCCGUGCUCCUGCUCACAUCAAAAUACAGAAUCCCUAUCAAUGCCUGACAAGACACAGAUGAUCCAGAUCAACGGUACAAACGGCCUGAAUGCUGCCAAAUCCAACGGCAUCAACGGCGCGAACGGUGCCAAUGGACACCCCAGUGAAGCACAGCGCAGGAAUCCGUAUGCACCACGCGCAUCAGACUUUCUAAGCAACAUAUCAAAUUUCUCCAUCAUCGAGAGUACUCUUCGAGAGGGUGAGCAGUUUGCCAACGCCUUCUUCGAUACCAAAACAAAAAUCGCAAUCGCCAAGGCCCUUGAUGCAUUCGGUGUCGAGUACAUCGAGCUAACCUCUCCCGCUGCAUCUGAGCAAUCGCGUGCUGACUGCGAGGCCAUCUGCAAGCUCGGUCUCAAGGCUAAAAUUCUCACCCACAUUCGUUGCCACAUGGACGAUGCACGAAUCGCUGUCGAAACUGGUGUCGAUGGGGUCGAUGUUGUGAUUGGAACAUCUUCGUUCCUCCGCGAAUUCUCCCACGGCAAGGACAUGACUUAUAUUACUAAGACCGCCAUCGAAGUCAUCACAUUCGUCAAGUCCAAGGGCAUCGAAGUUCGCUUCUCCUCAGAAGAUUCCUUCCGUUCCGACCUCGUCGAUCUACUUUCCAUAUACCAGACUGUCGACAAGGUUGGUGUCAACCGUGUGGGCAUAGCUGACACCGUUGGAUGCGCAAACCCUAGACAAGUCUAUGACCUCGUUCGUACCCUCCGCGGCGUCGUUGGUUGUGAUAUUGAGAUCCACUUACACAAUGACACCGGAAUGGCAAUCGCCAACGCUUAUUGCGCGUUGGAGGCCGGCGCAACACACAUCGAUACCUCGGUCCUUGGCAUUGGUGAGCGUGUCGGUAUCACGCCUCUCGGUGGUCUCGUGGCAUGCCUGUACGCUGCCAAUCCAGAAUACGUCAAGGCCAAGUACAAUCUACCCAUGCUGCGCGAGAUUGAAAACCUCGUCGCAGAGGCAGUAGAGGUCAACGUGCCUUUCAUGAACCCGAUCACCGGCUACUGUGCUUUUACGCACAAGGCUGGUAUUCAUGCCAAGGCGAUCUUGAACAACCCUAGCACAUACGAGAUUUUAAAGCCCGAAGACUUUGGACUUACCCGAUACGUGUCGAUUGGACACCGUCUCACUGGCUGGAACGCUGUCAAGUCAAGAGUUGAGCAGCUCGGACUCAAUCUCACCGACGAUGAGGUCAAGGAUGCAACUGCCAAGAUCAAGGAGCUCGCUGAUGUCCGCACUCAAUCAAUGGACGAUGUUGACUCCCUGCUGCGUAUAUAUCACUCCGGCAUCCAGUCUGGAGAGCUCGCAGUCGGUCAAAAGGAGGCACUCGACCGAUUGCUCCAGCAGCACCACGAGACCUCGAGAGAACGUCAGCAGCUAGGGGAUGUUGCUGCUGCUGCAUAAAAUUUAAAAUUUGUUAUUUGUAUAAAGUCGUCUUUCUUGUCGAGGAAAGAGUUGACCGGUUGGUCGCUCUGUAUCGUGAUGGAAUUGUAGAUCAGUGUCUAUCCCUCCAACGCUUUUUGUGAAUCACAAUGCAUCAUGUGUGAGACUCUUCGGAUUGCUAGACCUCGCAACCCAGCAACCUCAUGUAACGAGACUCUGGCCACGUUUACAGUGUGUUGCAUAUCAAACUGC